CAUGAAUGCAUCAAAAGCCCGUUCACAGAAAGACAAUCGGACGAAGAGGAGCAGUUGGGACUUCAAGAUGUCCAGUGAGAGCAGACUAUGCCUGCCAUGAGUCAAAGUAGUCCUUGCCUGUGGACUCAGCUCCCUCAGAGCAGUCAGUCCCCAUGUGACCGCUACAAGCACGCCUGCUGCAGCUAUGAUGGAAAUGUCUACAUCCUGGGAGGAAGGGACAAUGGCUGUCUGAGGGACUUCUGGAAGUAUAGCGUGGUUUGUAAUGAGUGGACAGAGUUGAACUGCACCAGUGAAGCUGCACCAGAAGAACUAGAAGAACAUUCUAUGGUGGCUCAUGAGGGCUUCCUCUACGUGUUUGGAGGCAUGCUGGAUUCUGCAUACACAAAGUGGAGACAUCCCCUCUGGAUAUUUGACAUUGCAAAGCAGAAAUGGGUGCACUGGCAGGGAAAGAUGAGCUCCCCUCAGACCCAAAUGCCAACCAACAGAAAAGGACACAGUGCUGUGGUGGUUGGCUCUGCCAUGUUGGUGUAUGGGGGUUUCAUAGACAUGAAAGGAUCCUCACAGGACUUUUGGAGUUUGGAUUUUGAUACUAUGGCUUGGACCCUGCUAAAUGGUUCUCAGCAGGGCUCAUCGGGCCCAGGUCCGAGACACAGUCACUCAGCCAUUGCCAACCACAGCUGCAUGUACCUGUUUGGAGGCUUGAAAGGUUUGCGGGAGCAGAGAGACUUCUGGAAGUGGAAUUCCAUCAGCCACAUGUGGAGCUCUCUCAGAAACAAGUCCGGCCCAUCCAGACUGGUGGGCCACUCAGCUGUGGCCUACAAGGACAGUAUGCUUCUUUUUGGGGGAGGUGAGAGCCAGAAUUCUCCAAAGAACUGUCUGUGGAGGUACAACUUCACCACUCAGACCUGGGUGCAGGUCGCCACACUCCCAGGCUCAAACCCCCCAGACAAGAUUUACCACUGCUGCGCCGGGCUGGGCCCCAGCUACAACUCCAACACCAGCAGCCCCUGCUCCAGUUCAGGACUCGAACCCAGGCUGCUGGAUGGUAAACUAAGGCCCUUCAAGAACAAGUGCUUCCCUGCCCCGCUCAUGUUUCUGGGAUCAGAGGGAGCUAUAGAGCUGGAGACGUUCAGCCCGGACAAAUGCUACGGGAGCAAAACACUCAAACAGUCUUCAGAACUGGACAACAGCACAGAGGGCUUGAUGGGGAAAGAUGCAAGGCGGAUCGGAAACUGUCUGACCUUUGAAAACAAGGCUUUCAAGAAACAGUGGAGCUGCACAGAAGAGGACCUUCUAGAUGAGGAGGAUGAAGAUGUAGCCCAGCAUCUGCCUGAUCUGCUGCUGUUACUAGGGGGGAGACCUUUCACCACACACAGUCCUAUCUCCAUAUGGCAGAUGACUCUGACUGACUCCUAACAGCCUGUGGAGAACACAUUUUGUAAACCUUUUUUUCUGUGUGAGAAAUGUGAACAAAAACAGUGUUAUAUUAUCAUUUGACCUUUAUGAAAUCGUAUAUGUUUAAAGGGAUGACUGAGGUUCUGUGAAUAAGAAAAUAACUUA